CUUUGGGUUAAAAUAACACGGCAUAAAAAUGACAUUGGCUACGAAAUUCAAGAUUUUUAUCGGACAGCUUGAUGGAAUCGUGCAAAGGUUGAUAGGAAACAAUAGUAUAUCGGGUCUGCCAGCAUUAUGUAUGCUGGACAACCCAAGCUCACGUGCAAGUCCUAGGGACAUCUUGGCCGAUAUAAUGGAUCCACUCAUGAAGGCUAUCGUCCCGAGAAACCGACGAUCGAUAGAGAGGCGACGUACACGCAGAAACAUGCUCCCGGAAAUGGCGAACACCCGUCCUAAGAAAAAUAUCAUCGUUUGUCUGGAGUGUGGAAGCCAACAUGAAUCGCAGACACUCUGUGGUAACUGUUACAAUAAAGUGAGAGAAGCAACGAAAGAGCUACAAAUGAAGUUGCGAGGUGAUCGGUCUAUGAAGAAAAAUGUCAAAGAAGUGGCAUUCUUGUUUAAAAAUGAGGAUACAGAUGACAUUCCAAAAUACAAGGGACGCUACCUUGUUGAGGUUCAAAAAGACAGACCAGAGUGGUUUCCCUUGCAGUUGAUGAAAAAAUAUAAAGGGGAAAACUAGAUUAGAUUGUUAUGGAGUUUGACUAAGUAGUUACUAAAUUGGAAUAAUAAUACUACAAUUAUACUGUAUAUUACUAUAAUAAUACUGUAUAUUACUAUUUCAGUCUUUGAAAAGUUAAUGCUUUAAUUUUUAAGAAAUUUUAUUGAUAUUUGAGAGAAACAAAUAAUUACCAUCUAAGAACAAAUGUGUUGAAUCCACCAUGUUAAAGAAUCUACAUGAACACACAUAUGAAAUUAUGACUUAUGUCUUAAAAAAAUGAACAAAUACAAACCAUUUCCAAUGAUAUAGAACUUGCUUAUAUUUCAUAUCAUCAUAUGUGAAUAAAUGUUUACAAUCAA